AUGGAGCAUGGCCCUGGGGCUGCUCCCGGCUGGGCCACAAGGUCCAACGAGACCCUGGUGACAGAGUUCGUGCUUCAGGGCUUCUCGGAGCUCCCCCGCCUGCGGCUGCCCCUUUUUGGCUGCUUCUUCCUCUACAUCGUGGCCCUCACGGGCAGCGCUGCGAUCAUUGCCGUGGUCAGCCGCAGCGCCAGCCUCCGAAGCCCCAUGUGCUUUUUCCUCUGCAACCUAGCUGCCACGGAUAUUGUCCGCACCUCAUCUGCGCUGCCGAAGGUACUGGCGGGCCUGGCCUCCGCGGAAAACACCAUCUCCUUCCCGGGGUGCACGGCUCAACUGUUCUUCCUCACCUGGUCUGCGUCUUCCGAGCUGCUGCUGCUGACGGUCAUGGCCUAUGACCGCUACACGGCCAUCUGCCGCCCGCUGCACUCCAGCUCGCGGAUGAGCCCGCGGCGGUGCCGGUCGCUGGCCGUGGGCGUGCGGGCCGUCUGUGCCUUCAACGGGUCGCUGCACGCUGGGCUGAUGACGCGGCCGUCCUUCUGCGGCCCCAACGUUGUCGCACACUUCUUCUGCGAGAGCCCCCCACUCCUGCUGCUCUCCUGCAGCCCCACACUCGUGAACAGCAUCCUGACCGUCUUAGCGGAUGCCUUCUACGGAGUCGUCCACUUCCUGCUCACCCUGGUGCCCUACGGCUGCCCCGUCACCAAUCUGCGCAUGCGCUCGGCGGCAGGGAGGCGGCGGGCCUUCUCGACCUGCUCCUCCCACCUCCUGGCGGUCUCCGUGCGCUACUCCGCAGUGCUCUGCGCCCGUAUCAGCCCGGCCUCCAGCUGUAGCCCUGAGAGAAGCAAGGGGUCCGCAGCGCUCUACACGAUGCUGAGCCCCACUCGGAACCCCAUCUCCUACUCUCUGAGGAACAUGGAGGUUACACGUGCCCUGGGGAGACUUGUGCAAGCCCUUCUCCACCCUGGGGUCCGUGGGCUGCCUCCCUGA